AAGGGUUAAAAAACACUGUGAGGGGUGUUGGCUUUGGUGCCAGCUGAAUAUUUUUUUUUUUUGUUUUGCCUGGCUAAACAGGGAUCAUCUGUUUGUUCCAGGAGCGGGGAAAGACCACAGAGAGCCAGGAGCCCACAAAUCAUCUCAACACCUAAAUGAAGUUCUAAGUCUGGUCUGUUGCUCUGUCUGAAACCUCAGCAGGGAGCACUCCCAGUAGAGAUGGCAGAAAAGGUGAACAACUUCCCCCCCCUGCCCAAGUUCAUCCCCCUGAAGCCCUGUUUCUACCAGAACUUCGCCGAUGAAAUCCCCAUCGACCACCAGUUCCUGGUGAAGAGGAUCUACCACGUCUGGAUCUUUUACUGCAUCACCCUGGCCGUGAACAUCGUUGCCUGCCUGGCCUGGUGGAUCGGGGGAGGCUACGGGGUCAACUUCGGCCUGGCCAUCCUGUGGCUCCUCCUCUUCAGCCCCUGCGGUUACGUCUGCUGGUUCCGACCUGCCUACAAAGCCUUCCGGUCAGACAGCUCCUUUAACUUCAUGGCCUUUUUCUUCAUCUUCGGGGCGCAGUUCGUCCUCACGGUCCUGCAGGCCAUCGGCUUCUCCGGAUGGGGGGCGUGCGGGUGGUUGGCAGCCAUCACCUUCUUCAGCACCAACGUGGCCGCCGCCGUGUUCAUGCUGUUCCCUGCCAUCAUGUUCACCAUGUCAGCCGUGGCCAUGCUCGUCUGCAUCUUGAGGGUACAUAAAAUCUACCGAGGGGGUGGUGGAAGCUUCCAGAAGGCUCAGGACGAGUGGAACAGCGGUGCCUGGAGGAACCCCCCCAGCAGGGAGGCCCAGUACAGCAAUUUUUCUGGGAACAGCCUGCCAGAGUAUCCCACAGUGCCCAACUACCCCCCAGGAAACCAAUGGCCUUAAGCAGCAGCAGCAGCUGCAAACUGCCUGGAUUCUCUCCUUUUUGGUCUUUUUAUUCUUGUUAUUGGAAAAGAUCAUUUGCAUUCCCCCCUGCCCCCGCUCCAGGCACCCCAGUCACCUUUUUUGGGACCUUUCUGGUUCUUGUCUCCUGGUCCCCGUGGAAGAUCCUGCCAGCCCUUCCCACCUCCACUGCACGGCCGUGGCACAAAGCUUUUUGUUUUGCCUUGAGCUACCAGUAUUUGCCUCGUUGCAGACUGAGGAACAAACCCUUCAACACCUGCCCGUCCUCGAGGGAAUCCUCUCCUGACCAUCCCUUAAAAAGGCAACACUAAUCACAGCUGCUCCUGCUCAGCUUCCCUGGAAUGCACAGCACCCAUCCCCCCAGCGAUCCCAGCUUUAGUAGCAACUGGUGUUUACUCUCCUGGAUGAAUAAUGUGGAAUUUUUCACUCUAAGGGAAAUGCAACACUUAAAUUAUGUGGUACCAGUGACACGGAAGGGAUCUGUGAACCCCCCUGGGAACGGGAGCUGCCGGGAUGUGAAGGCCACAGGAGUCCUCCUCUGCCCGGCUCAGACUGUCCCUGGUGCCCCAAGUCCUGCCUUCCCCGCUGCCAAAGCUUUGUGCCGGAUCCUUUCGUGCUUCACGAGGUGCAGAUUCAUCUCAUCAGGUUGGUGGUUGCUCACUGGAAACCCCCAGGUGGAAGCCCAGCUCAGGAUGGGCUCCCCGGGGCAGGGCUCAGCACCAGAA